AUGCCGCGCACCGCCAGACAGAGCGCCCUGCUCCAAGGCCAACCCGCAAUUCAAAGCUUUGGCCGGGCAACCAAGGCCGGUAUUACGCCAUCGUUACCUGCGAAAAAGACUGCCUCUUUGCCCGUUUCCCCGUCGAAGAAAAGGAAGCUGCAGGAGCUCGAGAAUGUGGACGGUAACGGUCGGCAAUCGGUCGAGGAGGAGGCCAACACGCCUUCCAAGACUUUGAAAAUCAGCCAAUUAUCCGUUUCAUCACCGCGCAGCGGUCACUAUGCGUCGCCAAAGCGGACCCCGAGUCGUCGCACUCGUGUCUCGACCGUCGCCAAUAUCCCCGAAGUUCCCGACACCCCCUCGAAACAGCGUACCAUCACCUUUGAAAAGGUCAUCCCCGAGCCGAAACUUGCACCUCGCGCACCCUGUGUCAAUGAUUUCUUGAAUCUACACUCUGCUUUCGUUCAGGCUCUGUCCAUUCACUUCGCUCACAAUGGCCCCAUUUCCCCAGCCGAUUUCCGCGAGUUUCUUCCCAGCGUGACCAGAAUUUGGAAGAAGCGCAAGGUGCAGCCGAAAGAUCUUCAACGCCUAUUGUGGGUCUGGGACCGCAGCUUGAAGGCCAAGGAUGUCUCUUAUCGCCUGGCAAACUACGGCUUGGGCAAAGUGUGUCUGGAAAGAACCGUGCAGGUGGAUGAGCAGCCCCCUGCUCUGCAGGAUGCAUUCGAGCAGGCUUUGGAUCUACUUUGGGAGCAGACGGAGCCUUCUCUCGAAAUCGCCAAAGAAGAGGAUCGCCCGGCACUAUUUCUCGAGUCUCUCGGUCUCGCGCCGAUUCACGAAUCCCUCACGCCCUUCACUGCGUUCAAGAAGGGCCAGCAGCGUCUGCAGGACUUGAGGUCUGGCGUGAUCCGCAUGAAGACCGAGAAAUUGCGUGCGGAGGGAGAGGUUGGAGAGUCCAAACCUCUGGCUCCUGCGAUCAACCGUCGACAGAGUCUUCUGGAUCGCAUUAAGAAUAAGGAGCUGCGCCAGUCCAAGCUGCCCCCUCCGCCAACUAAGAAGGAGAUGAUCCGUCGAUCAGCUGCUGAUCGUGUCGAGGAAGUUGCCGGUGUUCUGGCUCUUCUGCGACCAGCUACCUAUGUGGGCACUGGCAUCAAGGCCAUGUUCGCUAGCCAGCGCAAGCCCUUCAAGUUGGACACGAUGGUCGACCAUGUUCGUGAUUCUGUCCGAAUUCCCAUCCCUCGGGACGAAGUCGAAGCGUGCCUCGAGAUUCUGGCAGAUACCCGUGUGGCCGGUCACUGGGUGACUAUGGUCACUGUGAAAGAUAUCCGCUCGGUGGUGCUGAAGUCUUGCAAGGACAUCGAGGCGAAUGAACUUGGAGCCAAGGUGGCUCAAUUGAAGGCCGAGUGGGAAAAGCCCGUGGCUUGUGUAUCGGCCCCCAUCUUGAAGAUCUGA